AUGGGAUGUGAGAAAGGCGACGGCUGCUCGACGGCAGCCGUCCGAUCGCCUGCCGGUUGUGAAUCCCACCGGCUGAGGAGGAUGGUUUUCCUUGAAAAACCGAGCAAUAUUUUUACUCUAACCAAGAGAUUCACUGCUCACGACGAGUUUCAAACUCUCAACCGGUUCGAAGCUGUUGGUACGUCGUUCAGAGAAGGAGGACUCAACUCCCCAAGCGACGCCUGUGAGGACGGGAACCAGAACAGCUGCAGGGAAACGUCCCCACUCUCACUUUCCAAGGCCCCGCCUUCACCAUGCAAUGCAAGCUCUGAAACAGGCGCCAACUCCCCUUUCGAGAUGAGUCUGAGCAACCUGGUAGGGGAGGAAGAGGAGACGCCAGGGGAGGAGGAGCAAGGGGAGAGGGAGAUGAUGCUUCAGGAUUUCCUAGCUAAGGAGGGAGGCAGGAGUUCCGACGUCUCGCCGGACUUUGUCGGGGUGUUCCGGCCGAGGCCGGCGAUGACGCAGUGUGUCUCCGCCCCCACCACCACUCUCCUGAGCCUCAACUCCAUGGGCUGCCACGAGAUGCAGUACCUCGACUGGCUAGGCGGCUUCGAUCCCAGGGGGUCGCCGUCUCUUCACGACCUCCACCACCACAAUCACCGCCACCACCUCCAGCAGCACAUGCCGGAGCCUCAGGGGUUCGGCCCAUUCUGCAGGAAGCGCGGUGGUUUGAUGGACGGCGACGAGACGGUAGACCGGCGGCAGAAGCGCAUGAUCAAGAACAGGGAGUCGGCUGCUCGUUCUAGAGCGAGAAAGCAGGCAUACACCAAUGAGUUGGAGAUUGAAAUUGCUCAUUUGGUUGAAGAGAACGUCAGACUAAGGGAACAGCAGCAGCAGCAAAACCACCUGCGCCAGGUACAACAGGAACAGCAAAGGUCUGGCAACCAAGGCAGUGGGAGUCGAUUUGCUAAGGAAAAACCGGUUCUAAGGAGAACAUCGACGGCUCCAUUUUGA